UCAAACUAAAAAAAAAAUUAAACAAGCUUAAAAUUUUAUUUUUUUUUCUUUCCUCUUUUUUCAUAAUAAUAAAUAGCAACAAUGUCCUCAGCACAGACACCAGACAAUGUCGAUGAAAAUGUCGAGAUUUGGAAGAUGAAAAAGUUGAUUAAAAACCUUCAAAUGGCUAGAGGUAAUGGUACCUCCAUGAUUUCUCUCAUUAUUCCUCCUAAGGAUCAAAUCUCUCGUGUUGUAAAGAUGUUGGCAGAUGAAUACGGUACUGCUUCUAAUAUCAAGUCUCGUGUUAAUCGUUUAUCAGUCUUAUCCGCUAUUACUUCUACACAACAACGUUUAAAGUUAUACAAUAGAGUUCCUGAUAAUGGUUUAGUUGUUUACUGUGGUACUAUUAUUACAGAUGAGGGUAAAGAAAAGAAGGUCAAUAUCGAUUUUGAACCUCAUAAGCCUAUCAAUACAUCACUUUAUUUGUGUGAUAAUAAAUUCCAUGUUGAAGCUUUGUCUGAACUUUUGGACAAUAAUGCUAAAUUUGGUUUCAUUGUGAUGGAUGGUAACGGUACUCUUUUUGGUACCGUAAGUGGUAAUAUUCGUGAAGUUGUCCAUAAGUUAACUGUCGAUUUACCCAAGAAGCACGGUCGUGGUGGUCAAUCUGCCCUUCGUUUCUCUCGUCUUCGUGAAGAAAAGAGACACAAUUAUGUUCGUAAGAUUGCUGAACUUGCAGUUCAAUUCUUCAUUACAAAUGAUAAAGUGAACUGUGCCGGUUUAGUCUUGGCUGGUUCUGCUGAUUUCAAGACUGAGUUAUCUCAAUCUGACUUGUUUGAUCCUCGUCUCCGUGCCAAGGUUGUAAAGAUUGUCGAUGUUUCUUAUGGUGGUGAAAACGGUUUUAACCAAGCUAUUGAAUUGUCUGCUGAAGCAUUGUCUAACGUUAAGUUCAUUCAAGAAAAACGUUUAAUUGGUGAAUAUUUCAAUGAAAUUUCCCAAGAUACAGGUAAAUAUUGUUUCGGUGUAGAUGAUACCUUAAAGGCUCUUGAAAUGGGUGCUGUCGAGACAUUGAUUGUCUGGGAAAAUCUUGCUACUAAUCGUUAUAUCCUUCGUGAUGCCUCUGGUACUGAAUCAGUUGUUUAUCCUAACGCUCAAGAAGAACAAACAAAAUCUUUCUUGGUCGAUAAUAGUCCUGAAGCUACAGCCAAUUCUGAAAUGGAAGUCAUUGAAUGUUUGCCCUUAUUAGAAUGGUUUACUCUUAAAUAUAAGGAAUUUGGUGCUAAUCUUGAAAUCGUUACUGACCGUUCUCAAGAAGGUUCUCAAUUCGUCAAAGGUUUUGGUGGAAUUGGUGGUUUACUCAGAUAUCGUGUUAACUUUGAACAACUUAAUUAUGAAUCUGAUGAGUUUAUUUCUGAUGACGACGAUGAAUAUAUCUAGAUUAUAUAAUAUACAAAAGGGAAAAACACACACACACACAAAUACACAAAUACACGCUUACACCCGCUCACACACACACACACAAACAUACACUUCUUGGAUUAUUAUAAUGAUAAUAAUAAAAGGCAUAAACAUGUACGAUCAAA